AUGGCCGCAAGACUACUCUCAUCCGGAGCGCGUGCUCUCCGCUCUACCGGCAGCACAGCACGACGAUCUUUCCAGACUUCUGCUCCGAGGCUCUACGCCGAAGCCGCGCCGCUCCCAGCCAGCAAGCCCUUGGGCGCUUUCCGCGGAGGACUGUUCGGAUUCCUGCUUGGCGCAACGCUCGCCGGCUCUGGGACCUACUACUACGUCUUGACAGACUACAAGGCGUCGAACGAGCUGCUCCAGGAUGAUAUCUACGCCCUGCAGGCAGCCACGCACCGAAUGAGCAACUACCUGACAACACUCGAGGAGAAGAUCGAUACGAUGGAAAAGAAGAGGAAGUAG